CGGUCACACCGACGUGCAUAUACCAAAUAAACAAAAAGAAAAAGAUUCUCGAGGAUCCGCAAGUGCCUCCCAGAUCCCAGAUCCCAGACACCAGACGCCGGACGCCACACACCAGAUCCAGUCGCGCAGCGCAAGAUGGACGAGCCCUCGGACGAUGAGAACUCGGAGCCCACGCCCAAGAAGAUCAAGCGGGAGUGGGUGAAGAGCUACUCGAACAAGGCCAUGGAAAUGAUGAAGAAGAUGGGUUACGAGAACGACAAGGGCCUGGGCAAGAGCAACCAGGGUCGCCUCGAGCCGAUCAUCGCCGUUCAGCAGGACGGUCGCCGUGGCUUCGGCCUCAAAUUGGACACGGUUCAAUCGUCGGCCGGCCAAUGGGAUCCGGCCUGCGAGGAGCUGGAAAUACCCGAACCGGUCCUCUGGCUCCACAAUCCAGGCGGAGAUGGAUCGGGAGCUGGGUCCUACAGCUUGGAUCAGCUGAUGGGGCACAUCGUCACGGGGCCACGGAAACUGACCCUGGACGAGGAGACACGCUACUGCGAUCCGGCCAUCCUGCAUCACAUCCUCAAUGCCAAAACCGUAUUCGAUGAUCUCAACGACAGCGAGAAGCGGCGGGCACGCAGUCGCUGCAAUCCCUUCGAGACCAUCCGCAGCUCCAUCUUCCUCAAUCGCGCCGCCGUCAAGAUGGCCAACAUCGACUCCAUGUGCGACUUCAUGUUCACCAAUCCCCGCGAUCCCGAUGGCCAGUCCCUGGUGGCCAAUGACGAGCUCCUCUACUUCACGGACAUGUGUGCAGGUCCUGGCGGUUUCUCCGAGUACGUCCUGUUCCGCAAGUCCUGGGAGGCCAAGGGAUUCGGCUUCACGCUGCGCGGCGCCAACGACUUCAAGCUGGAGAAGUUCUUUGCCGCCUCGCCCGAGUCCUUCGACACGUUCUACGGCGUGAAAGAGGAUGGCAACAUCUUCGACGAGGGCAACCAGGACUCGCUGAACGAGUACAUACGGCUGCACACGCCGCAGGGCGUGCACUUUGCGAUGGCCGACGGCGGAUUCUCGGUGGAGGGGCAGGAGAACAUCCAGGAGAUCCUGUCCAAGCAGUUGUACCUCUGCCAGUUCCUCACCGCCCUUAAGAUCCUGCGGCCAAAUGGCAACUUCGUCUGCAAGAUCUUCGACCUCUUCACGCCGUUCAGCGUUGGCCUGGUCUAUCUGAUGUACAAGUGCUUUCACCAGAUCGCCAUCAUCAAGCCGAACAGCAGCCGGCCGGCGAACUCGGAACGCUACCUGGUCUGCAAGUACAAACGCUCGGACACGGAGACGGCGGCCAUCAUAGCCUAUCUGAAUGCGGUUAACCUCAUGCUGGGCGAGGAGUCGCAGCAGGAGGAUGGCCAGCACGACGUCCUCGAGAUCUUCGAUGCCAACGAGCUGGCCGAGGACGAGGACUUCCUGCGCUACAUCAUCGACUCGAACAAUGCCAUUGGCAAGAAGCAGAUCGUCGGCCUGCGCAAGAUAGCCGCCUUCGCCCAGAAUCCGGAGCUGAAGGAAACCAAACAGUCGGAGGUGCGACAGGAGUGCCUCAAGCGCUGGGGUCUGCCCGACAAGCUGCGCCAGGCGCCGGAGAUCAAGCAGACGGAUCGGCUGCUCGAGGAGCUCCUGGCCGACUGGUCGGCCGAUCGCAAUUGGUUAAAUUUGCCGGCCACCGAGAUGAGCGGGGUGGCCAGCCUGGGCAUGUCCGUGCAGAACGUGGCCGACUGGUAUUUUGUGCCCGUGGGCCGCGAGGAGACGAACAUCAAUGCCUGCACCCUGUUCCUGUGCAAGUCGCGCGGCAACCUGCUGCGCUACACGGAGCACAAGAAGUGGGAGCUGGUGGAGACGGCCUUCGAGGUGCAGCCGCGUUCGAUAUUCUUCGGCCAGAUCGUGUACGAGUUCUACGGCGAGGGCAGGACCAUUCAGCGUGUGGCCGCGCUGCACAUCAUCGAUGGGAUCUGUCUGGGCGGCAUCGACAUCCGGCGGCGGCCGUUCCGCGAGCGUGUAAGCAUGUGCGACAAGUUCGCCCGCAGUCUGAACAAGCCGCACCGCAAGGAGCGCACCUUCGGCGCCCUGCGCAGCAAGCCCUUCUUUCGCCUGCAGGACAUGGCCAGCUUCUUCGCCGACAUGCGGCACUAUGUUCUGAAGGACAACUCGCAGCGGUUCGGCUAUGCGCUCGACGACAACAAGUUCUUUGUGCCCGGCGGCAUACUAAUGUUCUGCGAACUGACCACCAACUAUGUGUCUGCGCACUCGCGAUCGCGUGGCCAACUCUACUACUUCAAUGUGAAGAACAAGGAGUCGUACUACAAGGAGCAGAUACCCAGCAAGAAGGCCGCCGAGAUCUUCGCCUCGUUCCGCUACAGCUACUCCCGUCGCCUGCUCUGGAAGUGGACGGACCUGCGCCAGGUGGAGGAGCUGGCCACCGAGGACAAUCCAAAGAUCCUGUACCGCAGCGACUUUGUCAAGUUCAUCGCGGACAAGCUGGGCCACAGUUAGGCCAUCGCGGAGGCCAUCGAUGUGGCCAUCGAUGUCUGCCCAGAAAACAAAAACAAAAACUAAAAAGAGAAAGGAAACGUAGCCAUAAGCCUAAAGUAUACAUACGCAUACGUGUUUUAUUAUUUUUUUUUUGAACCUACCCCAAGCAUGCUUAGGAUUUAUCUGGAGGUUUUACAACAGAUCCCUGCAUUUUACUUAUUCGACUUAAGUAUUCGACGAUUAUUUGUGCGCAGGAACUGAAUUAUUGUGUUUUCUUUUCUGACCAUCACCACUAACUCUAUAUACAUACAUACAAUGUCAUUUGUCUGACGGAAAGUGUGCAACUGUUUUAUUUUCUAAAGAUCUUACCAAA